AAAAGUUCAGCAAUAAAAAUGGAAAGUCCAGCAUUAGACCAUCGCCAGGCCGGCUAUCUUCAGGUGGAACACCAGGAAGAAUUAUCAAAAAAUUACUGUACGGUAAUCCAUCAACAUUAGACAAUGAUGAUUUAGUUGCUCUUGAUAACGAAUUUAGAGAAUAUUUUGAUGGGAAUGAUGAACAGCCAUUUGUUGACAGUGAGAAAAGUCGCGAUGCUAAUUUAUAUUUAUACGAUGAAGAAUUGGAUACAAGGCCUCGUAUUUCCACAUUUAUAUCAUCAUUGGCCAAUUAUGAAAAUACAAUACCGGCUGCAACAGACCCAGAUGCUAAACCACCACCACCUUCAGCAGGAAUGGGAACUCUCAUUGGAGUCUACUUACCUUGUAUACAAAAUAUAUUCGGUGUUAUUCUCUUCAUUCGUCUAACAUGGGUUGUUGGUACAGCUGGCGCUAUAUGUGGCUUCCUCAUAGUCCUCACUUGUUGCUGUGUGACUAUGUUGACAGCUAUAUCAAUGUCUGCUAUUGCUACGAAUGGAGUGGUGCCGGCAGGUGGCAGUUAUUUUAUGAUAUCAAGAUCUUUGGGACCUGAGUUUGGUGGAGCUGUUGGAAUGUUGUUUUACACAGGGACUACACUAGCAGCUGCAAUGUAUAUAGUAGGAGCUGUUGAAAUUGUUUUGACAUACAUGGCACCAUGGGCAUCUAUAUUCGGUGAUUUCACUAAAGAUCCUGAAAUAAUGUACAACAAUUUUCGUGUAUAUGGCUCCUGUCUUUUAGUUGUCAUGGGACUAAUUGUAUUUUUGGGAGUAAAAUUUGUCAACAAAUUUGCAACCGUUGCACUUGCUUGUGUGAUACUAUCCAUAGUAGCUGUUUAUGUUGGUAUUUUCGAUAAUUAUUAUGGAAACGAUAAGCUUUUUAUGUGCACACUUGGAACAAGAUUAAUAAAAGAUGUACCAAUCGAUAACUGCACAAAAGAAGAAGGCGGGGUGUUACAUAAUCUAUUUUGUGAUAAGGGCAAAUGUGACGAAUAUUACCAAGCAAAUAACGCAACUAUAGUGAGGGGGAUUAAAGGUUUGGCCAGUGGCACAUUCUAUAAAAAUAUAUGGCCAUCUUUUAUUGAAGAAGGAAAAUAUAUCGCUUACGGUGGAAACACGAUUGAAGCUGAAGCAACAAAACCAUAUAGUUACGUGAUAAACGAUAUAACUACAACGUUUACUAUACUUAUCGGCAUUUUUUUCCCUUCUGUUACAGGUAUUAUGGCUGGUUCAAAUAGGUCUGGGGAUUUAGCUGAUGCUCAGAAAAGUAUUCCCGUGGGAACUAUAUGCGCUAUUUUGACAACAAGUACAGUUUAUUUGUCCUGUGUAAUGUUAUUUGCCGGAACGGUUGAUAAUCUUCUUUUAAGAGACAAAUUUGGUCAGUCUAUUGGAGGAAGAUUGGUAGUAGCAAAUAUUGCAUGGCCAAACCAGUGGGUCAUUUUAAUCGGUUCGUUCCUUUCAACACUAGGCGCUGGUCUACAAAGUUUGACCGGAGCUCCACGGUUAUUGCAAGCUAUUGCGAAGGAUGGAAUAAUUCCAUUUUUAGAGCCGUUUGCCGUUUCAUCGAAACGAGGUGAGCCAACACGAGCUUUAUUUUUGACAAUUUGUAUAUGUCAAUGCGGUAUUUUACUCGGAAAUGUCGACCUUCUUGCUCCUUUAUUAUCAAUGUUUUUCUUAAUGUGCUACGGUUUUGUAAACUUGGCAUGCGCUGUACAAACUCUGCUUCGAACACCGAAUUGGAGGCCACGUUUUAAGUUUUAUCAUUGGUCACUGUCUUUAAUCGGUCUAACGCUGUGUAUAUCUGUAAUGUUUAUGACGUCAUGGUAUUUUGCAUUGAUUGCGAUGGGGUUAGCAAUAGUGGUUUAUAAAUACAUAGAAUAUCGUGGAGCAGAAAAAGAGUGGGGUGACGGUAUUCGGGGGAUGGCGUUAACAGCCGCACGGUAUGCACUACUGAGACUGGAAGAAGGGCCCCCACAUACAAAAAAUUGGCGGCCCCAAAUCUUAGUAUUAAGCAAAUUAAAUGAUAACAACUUACCAAAGUAUCGAAAAAUAUUUUCAUUUGCUGCCCAGCUCAAAGCUGGAAAAGGCUUAACAAUAUGCGUUUCGGUAUUAGUGGGAACAUGUGCGAAAAUAAUCGCAAGGUCUGCCGAAUCGAAAGCUACUUUGCAUAAAUAUAUGACUGACGAGCGAGUUAAAGGAUUUUGCGAUGUUCUGGUAGCUGAACACGUUGGUGAUGGAUUGUCUGCUGUUGUUCAAACAAUUGGUUUAGGAGGCAUGAAACCAAAUACCGUCAUAAUGGGAUGGCCUUAUAGUUGGAGGCAGCCUGAAAAACAAAGCUGGAAAACAUUUUUGCAAGUAAUGAGAACAGUAGCAGCAUGUAGAAUGGCGUUAUUAGUACCGAAAGGCAUAAAUUUCUUUCCUGAAUCGACGCACAAGAUUUGCGGAAAUAUAGACAUAUGGUGGAUUGUACAUGAUGGAGGGAUGCUUAUGUUACUACCAUUCUUAUUAAAACAACAUCGUACCUGGAAGAACUGCAAAUUACGUAUUUUCACUGUAGCACAAAUGGAAGAUAACUCGAUACAAAUGAAGAAGGAUUUAAAAACAUUUUUAUAUCAUUUACGCAUAGAGGCAGAAGUUGAAGUAGUUGAAAUGAUGAAUAGCGAUAUAUCAGCAUACACUUAUGAACGUACCCUGAUGAUGGAGCAGCGACACCAAAUGCUACGAGAACUUCGUUUGAACAAGAAAGAAAGUUUAAAAGUGGCUCAAACUCUGGUGGAUUUCAACGAAACAACUGGAGAGGAUAAGUUGCCUUUGGUACAAACAAUAGUUGAUCAUCACCAUGAAACUACGAGAACUUCAUCCAAAGUUCGAUUUGCUGAUCCAGAUAAUGAGGAUGGAACGACGGACGAGUUAAGUUCAGAGAACAACGAUGGUAGCGAUGUUGAUAAAGAAAACUCAUCGCCCGCCAAAAAUGCUGAAAAGGAUGAAAACAUUUCAGGAGAGUACGAAAAGGGUCAGGAUAAAGAAGAGAAACAACCUGAAAAUUCAGAAAAACCAGAUACGUCUAAACGGCAAAAAUCUCCAGAAAAAAAUCCAAAGAAAAAUAUGCCAGAUGAAAUCAACGUACGUAGAAUGCAUACGGCUGUGAAAUUAAAUGAAGUUAUUGUAAAUAAAUCACAAGAUGCCCAGUUGGUUAUAAUCAAUUUACCAGGACCACCGAAAGAAACACAUUCAGAUCGGGAAAGCAAUUAUAUGGAGUUUUUAGAAGUACUAACUGAAGGAUUAGAACGUGUUUUAAUGGUGCGUGGUGGAGGACGCGAGGUUAUAACAAUAUAUUCUUAAGUCAACUUAGUUCAAUGUGUAAACGUAUGUACAACAAAUAUACUUAAAAGUCGCCACAAUUACGAGAUGCGAUUCUUUUAACUUAAUAACUAAAGUUAAGAACCAAAAUUAAAGUCUUGAAACACAUUUACUUAAUACCUUUGUAUUUUUAAAUAAUUAAAAAUUUUUUUGUCUUACUUGCAAACCAAAAAUAAAAACACAACGCCAAAAACUUGAAAUUAAAAUCAGUUAAAAAAACUAGUUAGUUAAACUACUGAAAUUAAUUUUAUAUUACAAUAUAUAUAUAAAUACAUUUAUAUAUAUAUAUAUAUAUAUAUAUAUAUAUAUAUAUAUUUAUAUAUAUAUAUAUAUAUAUAUAAAUUAGAUUCAAAUUAAUUUAAAUAAUUAAUCAACUUUUUCAGUUUAAUAUAGAUGAUCAAUUUCAAAUUGUAUUAAACUAACUCCAAAUUAUAUAUAGCAUAAGAUCUAGUUAAGAAAUAAAAAUACUUAGACUUGUAUAGUACUUACACAUCUUGCAAAUUUUUAAGUAAAUUUUAUAAUACAUAUUUUCCAACAUCUCAGCAGUAUUCUUUUAAUAAAUAUUAUAAGAGAUUUAUUGGAUAUUUAAUUUAUAUAUUGAUAUAUUGAUUAUAUAUUGAGUGGUCGAAGUGGGAUACUCAAAGUGGUAAGAUGGUAAAAAAAAAAUAAAAAAAAAAAAGUAUUAUUUUAAUUAUUUUUUAAAAAAAUAACUAAACAAAAUUUACGAAACUUUGGAAGUAAACUAACGAGAAUAUUUAUAUUCAAAAUUAAUUCAACAAAAAAUUGAAUCAAAAACUGUGCAAAUUGUUACCAAAGAAAUGCAUAGACGCAUAGAUGCAAGUAUUGUAGUAACGAAAAUUUCGUUAAUAGAAAAAAAUUAUACGUUACUAUUUGAAAUUAGUCUUAUUUAAAAUUACAUUUAAAAUUUUUUGUUAAAAAAAUUUUUAAAAUUCAUUAGAAAAUUUUCUUAAAUUUUGAAAAACGUGUUCUGGAACGCAUUUUUCUCUCCUAUUAAGUAGUGGGAUGGAUUUCCAAUUAUUUAAAAGUACUGGAAUGGCAUCCCACUCCAUCCCGCCUCACUUUGAGCACUAAAUAUACACAUACAUAUAUAUAUAUAUGUAUAUGUAUAUUAAAAAUAUAUAAAUAUAAAUAUAUUAUUGUAAUAUAUAUAAAAUAUAAAUGUUAAAUAAAUAUAUUUUUUAUUUUUUAUAUUCUUACAUAUUUAAUGAUAUGCAAUACAUUUUUAUACAUAUAACAAAUAUUACAUAUUAUAAUAAUAUAUUAAUGUAUAUAAAAUAUAUACAGUACAGAAUACAUAUACAUUUAAAUAUACACUUCUAGUUACAUAAUUUCAUCAUAACGACGAAGUGGAAAUAAAUAUGCGUAUGUAAAUAGGUACUUGUAACGUAAAAAUACAGCGUAUAUAAAAUUAAUACAGCAAAUUAUUAAUAUGAAAUAAAGAUGAAGCUAAUAAUUAUUUAGAAAAUCAAAAACGAUACAUUGGCAUAGCUGUCUUCUUGUAUAAAACAUUUUGCUUUUGAAUAAAAACCCUAUAUAAUUUUUACAAAAAUAAGUUUACGUAAAUACCUCUUGUUAUUUAGUUAUAGUUUUUCACCAAAUUUUCUGUUACAUAUGCUGCCAUAAUAAAAUCUUAAAGGCUUUCUAAACAACUUUUCAAAUUUUAAACCCUGAUAGGAAAAUAUCUGAAAUUGAAAAUUGUCAAAUCUGAUCCACCGAAGUGAUAUUCUUACAUUUUACUGCCACUUUGUUACAUGUACGAAAUUACUUCUUUAUGCCUGCAGUAAUAUAGGCAAAAUGAAAUAACAGAUUUGUUUUUCAUUUAAAAUACUUCUUGCCACCAUUUGAAAUAUAAUUAUAAGUUAUUAAUUAGUUUGAAAAAUUAUUUACGUUGUAUUACCUUCCACUAAGAUGCUAUUAAUUCCAGAACACAUUUCACUGGUCGAGAUUUAAUUGAAUAAAAGAAAAUUACAUGGGAACAUAGGAAAGUUUUACAUAAUAUGUAAAUAAAAUUCUACAAUUUAUUUAAUGUCUUUAUUGGUUUUAAAUAUAUCUAAACAAUAUUUUAAUUUUUUAUGUUCUAAAAUUGUAUACAAUUUUAUCCAUCUGUACACUUCCGGCUCUUCCCAAUAAAAAAUUUAGACAUUUCUUAAUUUAUGUAUAGCCUAUAUAAUUUAUGUAUAAUUUAUCUUGAAAAAAUAGCAUAAAUUUUCUAGCAAAAAUUCAGACAAGUAUUGAAACAAAAAUAUAAUUAUAAUAUUACAACAUAACUUACUUACCUUAAGGGCACGUUAAUGAUUUAGUCUGGAACAGUAUUCAAUACCCUAAAUCUGUCUUUGUGCGGAAACUUAAAGUAAUGAAAAUAAAGUAAAAUUAUAUACUAAAAAAAAAAACAAUGCUAAAUUAUGAGCUUCAUAUAAAAUUAGUAUAAUUGUAUAAUAACGCAAUUUUACAAAUAGGUAUGUAGAUAAUAGCAUAUAAAACACAUCAUCAAAUUUUCCAAAACUCCAAGUUGAUAUAUUUAUACGUAUGUAUUAUAAAAGUUUUCAAAUAGUUAUAAUAAAAACUGCUCUUUUAAAUCAAACUUAAAUUUUCAAAAUAAUAAUUUUUUUUUACUGUAUUGUAGCAAAAUUCAUAUUCGUUAUUAAGUAGUUAUAUUAAAUUCGUUAAAUACAAAAACUACUUAAUUGCAUAAUAUAAAAAAACGAAGAUUGUUUAAUAACAAUUUGAAAUAGAUAAAAUUUUGAAACUGAAAAGGUAAAAAGAAAUUUACUGAUUCAAUUAAAACACAAAGAUUAGCCAAAAUAAAAAAAAAAAAACAAAAAUUAAUGUUCUACAUCCUUACUACUAAAAGAUUGAAUAACGUUAGGCAAUAGAGAAAUAUAAGAAACACUAUUGUAGAAGUAUGGGUAUAUAAUAGUAAAUUCUAAUAUAAUUUUGGGUUAGUAUAAUAUAGCAUUACCAUGAUGAUAAAUAAAUAUGUAUUAUAUAUAACAUUAUAUACCACGAAAAUUCUGUUUAUAAAAGUUCGUUUAAAAUUUAUAAAGUUUAUAUCAAAUAAAUGAUACGUGUAAUAUGAAAAAAAAUCUUAAUUAAAAAAAAUCUACAGCUAUAUAAAACGUAUAUUUUAAAAAGAUAUACAAAAUAAGCAAAAAAUACCGAAAAAUUCACAAAAAUUAAAAAUAUUAUGUUAGAAGAAUUGUUUUUAUUUAAAAUGAAUUGUUAAUCAUAAAAUUAAAAUGAAGAGUUAGAUUAUAUAUUACAGUUAAAAAAAUAUGUUUAGAAAAUUAAACAAAAGACAUAAAGAAAAAAUCAAAACCAAUAUUUUAUUUAGUGAUUUGUAUUUAAAUAUGAAACAUUUUGAAGAAAAAAAAUUAAAACCAAAAUGAAAAUACAUAAAAAGAAUUAGCAUAUAAGAUACGAAUUGUACUAAUUUAAAAAUAUAUUUGUUAACAGCUCGUCGCUUACAUAAAAUUGUUGCACUGCAAAACAGUAAGCAAUCUGUUUUAUACCAAUCAAUUUUCCAAACUUAUGCUUGCAUUUUUUUAAAUGAUAAAUAUUAAAUAAAUUGGUACUACCCUUUGCCUUUCCUUUUUUUACUAGUGAAAACAUUGAUGAACUUGAUGAACUACCCUUUAAAAAUACACUCAACGAAAAAAUUUAAAGUUAGUAAUAUGGGCGACCAUUUUUGAUCAUAAGCAUUGUUUAUGUUUAUUAAAUUAUAAAUUAAUUAUUUGUAAUUAAUUAUAAAAAAUUAUUAGGUUAUUUAUUUAUAUAUAUGUAAUUUGUUCUUCUUACAAAUUUUUUUUCUGAAAAACUGCAAAAAAAUGGUCUUACAAUAAAUUUUAUUACAGAAGCACUAUACACAGGGUAGACGGUACUCUAAUGGUAAAAUUUAAGUUUAUUUCAAAUAUUUAAGUACAAAGAGUAUAGAGAAUAUUUAUUUUUCCUCUUGGAAUACAUAGAAAUUUUUUAGUUGCUAUAGAGUUAUUAAUAUUGGCAUCUAUAUUGAAACGAUCCUUUCAUUUUGCAAUGUAUCAUAUCUCGAUUUAUCAUUCGAUAUUAAUUAUAAUUCUAUCAUUUGUAUCUAUUAUGUAUAAAAUGUCUAUUAUGUAUAAAAUUUUAGUAUAUUUAAUAUUAUUUUAAAACAUACCACUAAACUCCUGAAAUAAAUUGUAGAUAUUUUUUUUUAUUAAGUUUUAAUAUCAAGAUAUUGCAAAUCAAAUACAUUGUAUUUAAGUUACUUUUAAUAGUAAUAAGUAGGAUCCAAUAUAUUUUUGAACAGCUAAAUUUAAAAACUUGAAUGCUAAAAGUUUCAAAUUAAAAAAAAAUUAAGGUUUAUUAAAAAUUUUUAUAGCAGUUUAUACUGCAAAACUUUAAACUCAUCUACUUGUGGCAACGCAGCAGAAAAUGGUGUAAACACAAAUUAAAAAUCUUGUUUUUAUAAUUUGGAGGUCAGCAAACUUUAUUAUUUAUUUCAAAACUUUUAUAUUUUUUGGACGUCAUAAGGCUAUUAAAAUAAUAUUACAUAAUUUUGUACAAAUAAUGUAUGUUUUCAUUUUAUAUGUUUUUGUUGUUAUUUAAAUUCUAAUAAACGUAUUUAAUUUA